GCUGCUCUCGCACACGGCUCGCGGUCCGGUCACCGGAGAGGAGAUGCCAGGCCCAGGGCCAGUGUCCGACUGGACCGAGUGCAGUUCUUCCGCAGAGCCGUCCGCAGCAGCGCGGACCGAGGGUGGCGGCGGCGGAUCAGCACGACAUUCUUAUCACCAGAAUUCCAAAGGUACAGAUAGAAUCAAAGAUGGACACAAAGUGGACUCACACACAGCCAAACUGCUAGAUUUAUGGAAAACUCCUCAAAUUCAAACAAUUCACAUCCCUAAAUCAAUGAAGGAUGCAUCCUUUCUAAAGCAUCCUGACCUUACCAUAGGCCAAAAGCGCUAUCUGUGCAGCAUUGCUAAGUUAUAUAACGCCAACUAUCUGAGAACAUUAAUGAAGAGACAGUACAUGCAUGUGAUUCAGCACAGCUCCCAGAAGCCAGGUGUCCUCACUCAUCACAGGAGUCGCCUCAGCUCGCCUUACUCCCAGAAACAGCAUUACCCCUGCACCACAUGGCGACACCAAUUGGAGAGAGAGGACUCGGGGCCUUCCAACAUUACUGCUGCCUGCACCCCUGAAAUGAUCAUGCCACAUUCCCUUUGGCGACCAGUGAGAAACAAAGAAGGGUUAAAAACUGGAUAUGCAUCUAAAACAAGAUGUAAGUCGCUGAAGAUUUUUAGUAGACCAAGCAGACUGUUCAUGCAACCAGUUUCUACAAAUGAUUCUGAAUCAUACACGAAUGAAGAAAAAAAGGAAGAAGAUUUACUAAAUAAGUGUAUGCAGUCAAUGUCAAUUGAAGAACAGGGAGAACAUCUGAUGUUGACUUGAUAUUCUUGUCCUGCAUAUUGAAUUGAAACACCAGUUUACAUGCAGAUAAUGUGCCAAAGGUGGGAGGAAAGGGUUGUGAAUUGUGUCCUCUUUCUAUGUUUAGGAUAGUAUUGUUAUUCACCAUUAAGUCAUUAAGUCAUUUUGGUUUGUUCAGAAACUUCUAAAGCAGUGUACUUGGCUUGAUGUAGUUCACUGUGCCAAUGGUAUCUGUGUAGUAAAAUUUAUGUGUAAUACAUGCUUGUAUUUCUAACUAGAUACUAUUAAAAUUAUUCUUGCCACUAAACUUGAAUUAUUUUUCAAGCCUAACAAAAGUAUAAUUCCUUCUUUCUCCUACAACUGCAGCAUUUAGAAUACAGUAGUCCUCCCUUAUCCAUGAUUUUACUUCCUGCAGUUUCAGUUACCCACAGUCAACAGCUGUCCGCAGUGCUUGUGUUCAAGUAACCCUUAUUUUACUUGAUAAUGGCCCCAAAGCGCAAGAGUAGUAAUGCGGACAAUUCGGAUAUGUAACAGAGAAACCAUAAAGUGCUUCUAUUUUAUUAUUAGUUAUUGUUGUUAUCUUUU